GGUUUGGGAGUCAUCAUGGUGGAGAGCAUGGAUCUAACCCUGGAGAAGGAAGAGAAGCGUUACUGCAUCCGUACUAAGCACGUGGCCAUCAUCUGUGGGGUGGUGGCGCUGUGCUCUUUGGUAGUGGGCCUUGCGGUGGGUCUGUCUGGGUCAGACACCACCUCCCCUCCACCCCCCUCCACAGGAAAGCCCACAGCGGAGCCUACAGCAGCGCCUACACAGCCCCCUGCACCUGACAGGGGUCCCUGCACUCCUUCCACUGACUCCAGCGGGGACUGGAGUAACUUCCGUCUGCCUGAGUACGUGAAGCCGGUCCACUAUGACCUCCACCUGGAGCCCAACCUGGAGGACGACACCUACACCGGCACUGUGGAUGUUCACCUGGAGGUCACGAAGGCCACUCGCCACCUGUGGCUCCACAUCAGGCAGACGUUUGUCAGCGCUGAGCCCCGGCUGAAGAAGCUUUCCAGCCAGGGGAGCCAUAGUGAGGUGGGGGUGAAGAGCUGCUUCGAAUAUAAGAAACAUGAGUACGUGGUGGUGGAGGCCACCGAGGUUCUGCCUGCCACCGCAGCAGGAGAGGUGUACGUGCUCAGCCUGGACUUCCAGGGCUGGCUGAACGGCUCCGUGGUCGGUUUCUACCGGGUCAUCUACACCGAGGGGGGCGUCCAAAAAAAGAUCGCCGCAACUGACCACGAGCCAACAGACGCUCGUAAGUCCUUCCCCUGCUUUGACGAACCCAACAAGAAGGCCACCUACACAGUCUCCAUCACGCAUGAUAAGACCUACGGAGCGCUGUCCAACAUGCCACCAGAGGGAUCCGCUCAAGAGCUGCCCGGUAAUAAACUCAAGACCUCCUUCAUGAAGUCGGUUCCCAUGAGCACUUAUUUGGUGUGUUUUGCUGUGCACCAGUUUGACCACGUGGAGAGAACUUCAGCUUCAGGAAUUCCUCUGAGAAUCUACGCUCAGCCGACUCAGUUAGCGACGGCAGAAUAUGCAGCCAACACAACCAAGGCCAUCUUUGACUACUUUGAGGAUUAUUUCAACAUGAAUUACUCCAUCCAAAAACUGGAUAAGAUCGCCAUCCCUGACUUUGGCACUGGAGCCAUGGAGAACUGGGGCCUCAUCACGUACAGGGAGACCAACCUGCUGUACGAUGAGAAGGAGUCUUCCUCCUACAACAAGCAGCGAGUGGCCAGUGUCAUCGCCCACGAGCUGGUUCACCAGUGGUUCGGGAACAUCGUGACCAUGGACUGGUGGGACGACCUCUGGCUUAACGAGGGAUUCGCCAGUUUCUUUGAGUAUGUAGGCGUGGAGCACGCUGAGCCCACCUGGGGCAUGCGAGACAUCAUGAUCAUCAGCGACGUGCUUCCCGUCAUGGUGGACGACGCCCUCGUCUCCUCUCACCCGAUCAUUGUGGAUGUUUCAACCCCGGCAGAGAUCACCUCCGUGUUUGAUGCCAUCUCAUACAGCAAGGGGGCGUCCAUCCUCAGGAUGCUGGAGGACUGGAUGGGAAAGGAGAGGUUCAGAGACGGCUGUCGAAAAUAUUUGAAAGACUUCCACUUCCAGAACGCCAAAACAGCAAACUUCUGGGCUUCUCUCGCCGACGUGAGCGGGUUACCCGUUGCAGAGGUCAUGGAUACGUGGACCAAACAGAUGGGUUACCCUGUGCUGGAUCUGUCCGUCUCAGACAACAGCGCCACGCUGACCCAACGGCGUUUCCUCCUGGAUCCUAAAGCUGAUGCCACCCUGCCUUCUUCACCUUUCGGCUACAAGUGGACAAUCCCGGUCGAAUGGCAUUCCCUGAAAACGGACAAAAUCAUGUUGGAGAUGUUCGACAAGAGCACCACAGAGCUGCUCGUCAGGAACUACUCGGCCCCGGUGGACGGGCUGCUCAAAGUGAACAAUGAUCACAUCGGCUUCUACAGAGUCAACCACGACGACAACAUGUGGAACACCAUCAGCAAACAGCUCCAGGACAACCACACGGAUUUUGAUGCAGCCGAUAGAACGAGCUACGUCGAUGAUGUUUUUGCUCUUGCGAGGGCUGACGUGAUCGAUUAUGGUAAUGCCUUCAACCUCACCAUUUACCUGAAUAAGGAGGAGGACUACAUAGUCUGGGAUCGAGUGUCCUCUUCCAUGGCUUACGUUCGAGACAUGCUCUCAGACAACGAUGACCUCUACCCAAAGUUUCAGAAACUUUUCCGAGAACAUGUUCAAGCAAUCUCAACACAGCUGGGAUGGGAGGAUGACGGUACUCAGACGGAGAGGUUGCUGAGGGAAACGGUGCUCGGCAUCGCGUGUCAGAUGGGAGAUCAGGGCGCUCUGAAUGAAGCCUCUCGCAUCUUUGAUCAGUGGAUUUCUGAAACCAUCAGCAGUGUAGCAGUGAACCUGAGGCUGCUGGUUUAUCGAUACGGCAUGAAGAAUUCAGGCACUGAAGAAAAGUGGAACGUAAUGUUCCAGAGGUACAAAACCUCGACUCUGGCUCAGGAGAAGGACAAGCUGCUCUACGGACUGGCCUCUGUGAACAACGUGGAUCUCCUCUACAAGCUGCUGGAGGCUUCCAAAGAUGAGACCGUGGUGAGGAGUCAGGAUCUGUUCACUGUGGUUCGGUAUGUGUCCCUAAACCCAGUGGGCCAAAGCAUGGCCUGGGACUGGACCACACUCAACUGGGACUACCUUGUUAACAGGUACACCAUCAAUGACCGGAACCUCGGGCGUCUCUUGGGUCGAAUCUCUACCAGCUACAACACAGAGCUGCAGCUGUGGAAGAUGGAGCAUUUCUUCAGUCUGACACCAGAUGCAGGUGCAGGUCAGAUGCCUCGGCAGCAGGCGCUGGAGACGGUGAGGAACAACAUCGAAUGGAUCAGAGCGAACGAGAACGAGAUCAGACGGUGGCUGGAGAACAACGUCGUCUAAACAGACGGUCACCUGAACUUCAACAUGGACUUCUUACCUCUCAGCAGAGACAGGACGUGUGGCGGGGUUCUUGUUCAGGGCCGGAGGGGGGCGACUUGACUAAAUCAAAGGAGGACUGUUGUUUUUUUUUUUAAACUUGGGCCUACUUUUUGUUUGUUUUGUGUUUUAUAAACUUAAAAGAAUCAAAAACUUUUGGAAAAUUUCUUGUUUGCAGCAGUGAAACAGGCUGAACGGUUGUUUGUAGUCCUCAUACCGGAUCAAAGCUCAGAUCAGAUUAUUUCUCCUUGUUUCCGACAGACGAGGUAUAGGCUACAGUUUUCUGCAGACGGGGAAUCUGACACAUAAUUUAGAAGUCUCCGACCCGAGCACUCACCUCGGUUUAGGUGCACAAGGAAUCUGUCAGCUCUUCACUUUGACACCAGAAAGUCUGUUUUUGCAGACACAACACAGACGUGCUGUUCUGCCUGCAGCACACUAAUCAACUGAUUGGAUCUUUGAUACACGUGUCACUGAUAUAUCGUGAGUUUUGACAUGUUUGCAUCAUGUGAAGCCGGAAACGCCUACUAUCACCCGACAGACACAGUGAUGUGUGGAGUUUGUUUUCUCAGCUCAGUCUUCUCCUUCAGCCGCUCACACACUGUAUGUUGAUCAUGUAAACAUGUCAUGCAGAUCAUGGGUCGUGACUCGAUGCACACACUCCAGUGAUGUACUGCACGUCUGCCUUUCUAACUGAGGCGCCGUGUUUUCACCGUUCAUUCAUUUCUGUUUAUUUCUCAUUGAAUGCUGAACACCAGACGACUAAUCGCCCCCUAUAAAUUCUUUAAUGUAUUUUAGUAAAAAACAACUGAAAUGUAAAUGUUAUGUUGGUUUGAAGGAGUCACACAUGCACAAUUUGUGUUGGAUUGAAAUGCCUGUGACUCUCGGGUAAGCACUGAAUCUGUGAAUCUGAACACGGUGCGUUGAGACUGUCAGACUCACCUGUCUGUGUUCAUCCUGAUCUCACCUUGUUUUGUCUCUUUGAUGUUAUGAAGUUUUAAUUUGAAUGAAUAAAUGUGUACUUUAAUAAC